AUGGAUGGAAGUCAGGACAAGGAAGGAUCGAAAGGACGAAAUGGAGAGCAAUCCAGUUGUCCCGAUUGCCAACGACCAGAUAGCGCGGAGGAUAUGGUCCAGUGCGACCAUUGCGACGUUUGGAAGCACUUCACUUGCGCCGGAGUGAAUGCAAGCGUCGCCGGCCGAGCAUUUGUGUGUGGCGACUGUUCCGCUCAGCACACCGAUGACGCAAUUACGGUGCAAAGCGAAUCCAGCCGCGCUAGUUCGACGUCGGUUUUUUCCGUCUGCCUCAGCCAGUUGGUGGAAAGACAGCAAAUGGAGCGUGCCCGUAUGAAACUCGAGCUGCAACGGCGCCAUCUAGACGAACAACAGAAGCUGAUUGACAAAGCUUUCGGCGAUGAGGAAGAAGAAAACCAUCACGGUGACGGUUUAACCGGUGGUACCACCAACGAAGUGACUCCACCAGCUCCCAGCAAGCGCUUUGCGACGCCGUCCCCACCCGGUGCACCGCUAGCAUCGUCCGAUCGUCGAUCAAAGGCGCUAUCCGACACUCCCAAGUCGGCUGCUCCAGUUGUGGUAUCGAUUCCACUUACGGCGCUGGAGCCGAACUCAGUGAAGCUUCUGCAAGGCAUGAAAGACCCCCAAGUUGCCCUGCGGGAACUCAGAGCUAGGGUUGAGCUGUGCGAGAAGCGCGCCAAUCCUACGCCCGACGACCUGGUUGACCUACAAGCUCAACUGGAACUGUGCCGGAAAAUUCUGGAAGGGAUCCAGACCAGUACAUCGACCAACGAAUCGGUUCAACGGCCGGACGCGAGCAGCACAAUGAAGUUGCAGCCACCAAAGCCAGCGGCGAGCACGUCGCGCAUGGUGAAGCAGACCGGUGCAAUUCCGAAAACAAAUCGGUCACUGCUUACGGUUCCCCAGGAAGAUCGGAUGCAGCCUAACAGUCCUUCUCAAGAAGGGGCAGUAGGAGGAGCCAGCCGACCGAGCGAUAUUUGGCCGCUGAAGCUGCCGGUAAGCCAAUCUGGCGGACCAUCGGUAAGUCGAGCAUUCGAGUCAUCGAAAAUGCGUCCGAAUCUCUUGGAACCCCCAGGUAAGCGUCAAGCCUUGAGUAAUAUGUUUGAAAAUACUACCCUAUUCGCCUCUGGCGAUUGCCCCACGACCCAUUUUCCAACAACCCGAGAGCAGCAGCGUGUUGACGCGCGCCCGGGAGAAAGUUGUCUGCCUCCUACACAUUCCCAUGAGCAGCUGCGAGAUACACUCGCGCACUCGGGCUAUGCGACUUUGCCCUACAGACAACCCGAACGCAAUUCAACCGGUAUACAAACGCGUAAUUGCCCCUCGCGCGUGGUUGAAUCCACUCCGCUCCCUCGUCAGUCAGAUAGCUCCGAACCAAACCAAGUGAUUUCCCAACCAGACCCAUUCCGCCCCACACAACAGCAGCUUGCAGCAAGACAGUCCCUGGCUAAGGAUCUUCCUCGAUUCAGCGGAGACCCAGCUGAAUGGCCAAUCUUCAUCUCGAACUACCGCUACACGACGGAAGCUUGUGGCUUUUCGGAUGGAGAAAACAUGCUUCGUCUACAACGGUGCUUGACUGGAUCUGCGCUCGAAACAGUGCGCAAUCGGUUGGUGUUACCAGCAGCGGUACCUCAAGUGAUCGAGACACUUCGCAUGAGGUUUGGGCGACCGGAAUUGCUGAUCAACGCCCUGCUACGGAAGGUGCGGGACAUUCCUGCCCCAAGGCCCGAUCGGCUCGAAGGGCUGAUCGAUUUCGGGAUGGCGGUGCAGGCUUUGUGCGACCAUAUUGAAGCGGCGAACGAACGCGCUCAUCUAUCGAAUCCGUCGCUUUUGCAGGAGCUCGUGGCGAAGCUUCCCGCUGAUCAACGGAUGAUGUGGGCCGGAUAUAAGCGAGGAUUUCCUCACGCAGAUUUGAAAACCUUCGGGGACUAUAUGUCAUCGGUGGUGAGAGACGCAACUAGCGUAGUCACCUUUGAGCCGGACACGAGACGGAGCGGCACUCGAGACCGUCCGAGGCAAAAGGGAUUCAUCAACUCCCACGCGACGGAGUCAUCCAGCAGAUCAGGAGAUUCAACGCGUGAGCCGAAGGAGACACCGAAACAGUUCGAUUGCGCUCACUGCAACAAAUGCGGACACCGAGUUCGCGAUUGCAGUGCUUUCAAGCAGUUAAACGCUGACGACCGCUGGAGACGAGUUCGAUCGUUGGGCUUGUGUCAGAACUGUUUGUUCAGCCACGGACGGCGUGCGUGUCGAGGUCGAAAAACGUGUGAUAUCGAAGGCUGCCAGUUUCGACACCAUCCGCUCCUUCACUCCCCUAGAGGCCCUCCAAAAUCAUCGGAACACACGAUGCAGGUGGCGGAAAAUCACACCCAUCGCCGCUUAACUUCUCCGACCCUCUUCCGAAUCAUUCCAGUAACCCUGCAUGGAACUAAAGGCUCGAUCAACACCUUCGCAUUUCUUGACGAAGGGGAAUCACGCGUGGAAAAGGAGUCACAGCAAAUUACCAUCGAAAUCGCCGGAAUUGGACAAGACAAGCGGCACAAACUUCUGAACGCGAGAACCGUCAAUAGCCUCGGACUACCACACCAAACCUUCGAGGUUGAAAAUGCGGUUAAGAAGCACAAACAUCUGCAAGGUAUUCCGCUCUCCAGCUACCGCGAUGCAGUGCCCAAGAUCCUCAUUGGUGUAGACAACUUGCGGCUGGCACUGCCUCUGAAAGUGCGAGAAGGUGAUGGGCCAGCACCGGUGCACGGAACUGGAGCGGGUCCGACAGCAACCUCGAUGAAGAAGGAAGAUGAACGGGCGCUAACCAUAAUGGAAGCGACAACUCACCGGGUUGGGAAUCGCUUCGAAACGGGACUUAUUUGGAAGGAAGACCAUGUAGAGUUCCCGAACAGCUAUUCCAUGGCAGUGCGUCGGUUGGAAUGCCUUGAACGCAGGAUGGAGCGUGACCCGGGUCUGAAGGAGAAUCUACACCGGCAAAUACAGGAGUACGAAGCGAAAGGAUAUGCACACAAGGCUACAGCAGCAGAAAUGGAAGCAGCGGAUCCAAGAAGAGUGUGGCACCUCCCGGUCGGAGCGGUCAUUAACCCCAAGAAACCGGGGAAAGUCCGCGUCAUCUGGGACGCUGCGGCCAAGGUGGACGGCGUAUCGCUCAACAGUGCACUCCUCAAAGGCCCGGAUCAACUUUCUUCCCUUCCUGCGAUUCUCUUUCGUUUCCGAUUGUACCAGGUGGCGGUCAGCUCGGAUAUACAGGAAAUGUUCCACCAGAUACAAAUCCGAGAAGCCGACAAGAAUUCCCAGCGUUUCUUGUGGCGCAAUAACCCAUCUGAAAAGCCGACGGUAUACCUGAUGGACGUUGCCACAUUUGGUAGCACAUGCUCGCCGGCGUCGGCCCAGUUCGUUAAAAAUCGGAACGCCGAACAACACCUAGAGCUGUAUCCGGAAGCGGUGAAAGCGAUUAUCGACGACCACUACGUGGACGAUUACCUGGCUAGUUUCGGCACGGAAGAAGAAGCAGCAAAGGUGGCACGCGAUGUACGACACGUACACGGUAACGGAGGUUUUAAGCUGCACAAUUGGCGGUCCAAUAGCUGCACAGUGCUAGAACGGCUGGGUGAAGUUCCACUGGCAGAGGAAAAGCAGCUGAAACUCGUCGACGGCGUGGCGACAGAAAGAGUGCUCGGAAUGUUAUGGUGUCCUUCCACGGAUGAGCUGAGUUUUUCCACCCAGAUGAGUGAGGAAGUCCAGGCGCUGAUUAAAACGUCCACGCGACCGACAAAGAGGCAGGUACUACGGUGCGUGAUGACGCUGUUUGAUCCAUUAGGGUUGCUCUCACCGUUGCUCAUCCAUGGCAAAGUCCUGAUCCAGGACAUCUGGAGAGAAGGCACUGAAUGGGACGAGCAAGUCAGCGCAGACGUCUUUGCGAAAUGGCGGCGGUGGGUGCAGAUGAUUGAGUACAUUUCCGGGGUGCGCAUCCCAAGAUGUUACUUCCGGCUCGCGAAUCAGAAGACAUACCAUAACUGCGAACUCCACGUGUUUGUCGAUGCGAGUGAGGUGGCGUACUCUUGCGCAAUCUAUCUGCGCACGCUCGAUACAGAAGCUAAACCACAGUGUUGUUUGAUUGCCGCAAAAUCGAAAGUGGCUCCGCUAAAGCCAUGGUCGAUUCCCAGGCUGGAACUACAAGGGUGCGUCUUGGGCGUACGUUGGUCGAAGUUCGUUCGGGAAAACCACGGAGUUCCUGUUUCCAAGAUGGUGUUUUGGACAGAUUCCAGAACAGCUUUGGCCUGGAUCAUGGCCGACCCUAGGAACUACAGACAGUUCGUUUCCUUUAGAGUAGCCGAGAUUCUGGAGCACACCACGGCAAGCGAUUGGAGAUGGGUGCCAUCAAAAUCCAACCCAGCAGAUGAAGCUACUAAAUGGGGAAGCGGCCCGUACUUCAACCCCAACAGUAAGUGGUUCCAGGGCCCCGAGUUCUUACGUCUACCGGAGACUGAGUGGCCUCGUCCCAAAGAGCCAGUGACCGCUACUUCAGAGGAAAUACGUGCAUCAAUCCUGCACCAUUGUUCGAUCGAGCCGGUGAUUGACUUCGUCCGGUUUUCCUCCUGGAACCGACUACUACGAGCAACAGCUUUCGCUCUCCGAUUCGUAAACAACACAGACAAAACGCAGACGAAAUAUGCAGGACAACUACAGCAAGCUGAACUUCGAGCAGCAGAGAUUACGAUUUUCAAGCUUGUACAACGCGAAUCCUAUCCCGACGAGAUCGCUGCACUCUCCACCAAGGCGUCGAAUGAAACCGGACAGGAGGCCAUUGGGAAGCAGAGCUCCAUCUACCGGCUAAUGCCGAUUCUGGACGAGAACGGCUUGUUGCGCGAGCGCGGACGGAUCGGGGCGGCUGGAGACAUCUGUUAUAGCGUGCGUCAUCCAAUCAUCCUUCCGAGAAAGCACCAGGUCACGGAGCUUCUGGUUUACCGAUACCAUCAGCAAUAUCGUCACGGCAAUGCGGAAACCGUUGUUAACGAGAUCCGCCAGAUGUACAACAUCCCAAGACUGCGUUUGGUAGUGAAGAAAGUAAGCCGUGACUGCCCAUUCUGUAAGAUACGUCGAGCGAGACCAGCGAUUCCACCGAUGGCGCCCCUUCCAGCUGCGCGCCUAGCUCAUCAUGAACGAGCCUUCACCUACACAGGGGUGGACUACUUCGGACCGCUGUUGGUGAAACUUGGAAGAUCCAACGUUAAACGAUGGAUCGCACUGUUCACGUGCCUAACGGUGCGUGCCGUCCAUCUCGAAGUCGCAUAUACGCUGUCUACGGAGUCGUGCAUUUCUUGUGUUCGGCGAUUUGUGGGUCGCCGGGGAUCACCCGCCGAAUUCUUCAGCGACAACGGCACAAAUUUUCAAGGAGCCGAACGAGUACUGCGGCACCAGAUAAGCCAGGGACUGUCCUCAACGUUCACCAACACCAACACGAAGUGGAACUUCAUUCCACCGGGAGCACCGCAUAUGGGCGGAGCAUGGGAACGCUUGGUACAGUCAGUGAAAGUCGCAAUUGCUGAAGCGUACUCUGAAGGAAAGCUGGACGAUGAGGGGCUGCAAACACUGGUCGUGGAGGCGGAACAUAUGGUGAACUCAAGGCCUCUGACAAUACCUGCCGGUGAUCCGUCGGCAACCGAAAUGGUUUGA